CAGCUUGCACACGCCCUCUAUUGAUGAUUGUUGUACUUUUUUAUUUCAUAAAGUUUUCACAGAUUUUGAUUAUCAAUUUGUCCGAGCUGUGGUGUUUAUCAGCUAAGGAAACACGUCUAUCGUAUAUUACGCAUUACAUCUUCACGAGAAAAUGUCUGAAGUUCCCGAAAAUGCCCCAGAACAUUGUCCUGGUACCGGGAGUGAAGAUGCUGGUAAAGCAUCAGCCUGUCAAGGAUGCCCCAAUCAAGAUGUAUGCAGCAGCGCGAAACCAACCCUCGACCCAGCUGUUGCUGAGAUCAAGGAGAGAAUGUCUUCUGUGAAACAUAAACUGCUGGUCCUGUCUGGAAAAGGUGGAGUGGGCAAAAGUACGUUCACCUCUCACCUGGCUAGAGGGAUGGCAAGAGAUGAAAACACACAGGUUGCAGUGUUAGAUAUUGAUAUCUGCGGUCCUUCUAUCCCUAGAAUCAUGGGAUUGAAUAACGAACAGGUGCAUCAGAGUGGUUCAGGAUGGUCCCCAGUGUAUGUAGAUGACAAUCUUGGUGUGAUGUCUGUUGGUUUCUUGCUGAACAGUCCCAAUGAUGCAGUGAUUUGGAGGGGACCCAAGAAAAAUGGUUUGAUCAAGCAAUUCUUACGAGAUGUAGACUGGGGUGAUAUUGAUUACUUGGUGGUAGACACGCCUCCCGGUACAUCGGAUGAGCAUCUUUCUAUCGUCCAGUACUUGAAGGGAGCCGGGGUGGACGGAGCUGUCAUUAUCACCACACCCCAGGAAGUCUCAUUGAUGGAUGUGAGGAAAGAGAUCAGUUUCUGUCGCAAAGUUCAGGUGCCUAUCAUUGGAGUGGUGGAGAAUAUGAGUGGCUUUGUCUGCCCAAAUUGCAAGAAUGAAUCCCAAAUAUUUCCUCCUACAACCGGAGGAGCUUCGAAGAUGUGUGAGGAUCUCAAAAUUCCAUUCCUUGGGAAACUACCUCUGGAUCCAAGAAUAGGAAAAUGCUGUGAUGAAGGAAAUUCAUUUUUUGAUGAGGUACCAGAUUCACCUGCCACUCAAGCCUAUCUGGAGAUAAUUGAAAGAGUGAAGUCAUACUGUCAAAAGGAAGAGACGAUAAUGGAUUGUACAUGAUGGAGGGAAGAACGAACUACACAUAUGUGAAAUUCUCCAUGGGAAAUUUAAUACAAUGGACUAUGACUGUGGACUAUGAUAUUGAAUCAAGUGAUUACGUCGUGAAUAUUCAACAUCAUCAUGAAUAUUAAUCAAAGGAACCCUCUGCUGAGAGGCGAUUUUGUGAUUUUUCCAGAUGAUCAUAUUAGUGUACUGGCUUUCAAUGACUGCUUUAGAAUGUGAAAUAAAUUUGCGUUAUCUUGAGGAAUUUUGCUCACUAUUCAUGGGCCUAUCCUUCUCGCCUUCUCCAAAAUCGAUUUACAUACAAGACAGAUUUAGUGAUAUAUUGAAAUUGCAGGGGAUUCUAGCUAAUGACAAAUCAUCGGUAAGCUUUUGAGGGUUACACCAUUUAAUUCUUUCGAAGGUAAGGGCCCUGGUAUGGGCUGUGAGCUCCGCUAUGAUGAUCUCAUAGUUCCCAGCAUUUUUAUUAGUAUGCUCUGAUCAUUUUCAGGAGAAUGAACGAUACUCCACUCAAAAUCAAGUUUCUUUGCAAUUUUAGAAAAUGUUUUGUAACGUCUGUGGAAUCAACAAUUCCUGUUGGCCAGACUAAGUAAGUUUUAAGUUCCCAUUAGGCUUCUCCAACAAUGUGUAUAAACAGUACAAGUGUAACUAAAUUGUCCACAUUUAUUUGCUCAUUCAAAGUAUUACAGUUAUCAUCUGUUCAGAGUCUAUUAUUGGAAUAUUUAUUUUAAACUAAGGUACUAUGUGUAGAGAACAAUUAUAAGGAGAGAUUCACAAUUAGUGUAACCAAUUCACCUUGCAAACAUUUUUUUUUUUUAAACUAACAGACAGGCCUGCUAUCAUUUUUAAUAAACUGUCAGUGUGUUUUUUCCAUUCCAUUCUCUUCCUCUGUCUCCCAAGUAUCUUCUUCUUUCUCUCUUAACUUUUUGUUUUGUUUGCAUCUUUAUUUUCUGUUCUCCCUUCCAUUUUACCCCCUCCCUUGUAACCUAUAAAGUGCUGGGAAAAUGUUGCCCUCUGUAUCUGUAUUAAAGAUCAGUACAUACUACUAAUCACCAUGAGAUCAUUUUUUAUUUGCAUAUUUUACACGAGGUGAAAACUAGGUCAGCAAUUAGGAUGCUUUGGUAUGGAUCUUUUUUUUUCUCCAUCCAAUCGAAUCAAAGAUUAGUAUGUAAAAAUAUAACAUGAAUGAACUGAAGGAGUUUAACUUCAAAACUUGUUCUUGUUGUGAACAUUAAAUAAAGAAAUAUUUAUGUAUACUAAUCAUUGCUCUGUUUGUGUACCAUAUGAGCUACUUACACUAGUAUAGGAGUUGUAAAACUUAUAAGUUCAUACGAUGCAUUUUGAUGCGUUUCAGACCAAGGUUUGUCUGAGCCUUGGUCCAAAAUGCGUCAUAUGAUGCACAUAAACCUAGGCUUGUCGACAAACCUCCAUUGUGAAUUUGGGCUCUUAUGUUUAUCACUGUUUGUUAUGAUUCUAUUCUGGACAGAGAGACAAGAAAUUGCAUCUCCAACGAGUAGAUGGUUUCAUAAGUUAAACGCUUUAUUCUCGUAAAAUAUAUAGCAUACAUACCAAUGCAACGGUAAAACAGGAAUGGUUGAUUGAUUACAUACUGCACAUUUCAAUUAAAAACAUAUGAGACAAUGUCAAUAGACAAAAAAUAACUGUAAUGGAAAAUAUGAAGCUCUUUUCACUUUGGUACUAAUUUAUUUUUCAUUUUGUGUAUAUUCUAUUAUUUGCUGUGGAUAUUACUGCAGAAAGAGUUAGUUUUAUAAUUUAAUUCCAUCUUCUUUUUAGAAUAAAAAAAUUGAAAAUGGCUCUACAAUUCGUCUGAAUUUCAAAAAUCCUAAAUAACAGUUAUCAACAAAGUAAAGUAUGCUUGUACUCGCCAGUAAAAUUGAUUAUGUACAUGAACAGCAUGUUAAAAAGGUUUUGAUAAGGUGUUUAAUUUUCCCUCAAACACACCAAUAUUCUUAGGUUGUGAGAAUUCAUACAAAUGUAAAUUAUCUCUUCUCCCCUAAAUCAAUUCUUCUUCUGGAUAUAAUAAUAUACCAGUGCUAUUCAUUCAACUUAGGUUGUGUGAAUUCAUACAAAUGUAAAUUCUCUCUUCUCCCCUAAAUCAUUCUUCUUCUGGAUAUAGUGAUAUAUCAGCGCCAUUUAUAAAACAAAAAUACCUGUAUAAUAAAGGAAUAAUAAACUAUUGUGUGAAAUGUAGCAUCAAUGGCCAUCUGCUCUUUUGACUCUCUUUUGGAGCUUUUAGGUCCAUAUAAAUUUACUGAAGAACGCCAUUAUCAGAGAAAAAUUCAAAAAAUAUUCAACUUGAAACAUAUUCAACAGACAAUCAAGUAUAUUAUUUCUCGCAUACUUACACAGCCCAAAAGAUUUUGCAGCAAAUUUUCUUUUAAUCUUUUUUUCACAUAAUAAUUUAUAUAUUACUGUUGAAAUCAAAGUAAUCAGUUGUACUUGUACUGUAAACACUUUACAAUAAAUUGCAUGUAAAAUCACAUGGCAGCUCAACAGCAAACAAAUGACCACAACUAAAUGUUAUCCAAGCACAGUAUGAAUACUUCUACUCAUGCCAAAAUUUUAUGAAGUAAAGCAUCGACGGGUGUUAAAACUAUCAAAAGUAAUUAAAUGAACAAAAUUCAAUAACCUUCAAGGUCAAAUUCAAAUUUUGAUUAAUGAACACUGGCAUUUGGUGACAAGAUGUUCUCACAAUGUAAAUACAGAACUAGAGUAAGAUGAAAAGCAUACGAUUUUAGAAACUAUUUUAAAUCAGCUUAAGAUUAAUUUAGAUUAAUUACAAUAUGAAUAAUCACAAGCAUGGAUCCUUGAGUUUAAAGGGUAGUCCUGUUUUAAACUUUCAAGUUUAGAAGAAGUGGUUAGAUAAACGGUGUUUCUCAUACGAAAC